CUGCCCCCGCGAUGCCUCCCGCUGCCCGCGCGUCCCGGCCCGGCGCCGCCGCCGCGUCCCGGUGAGGUUUUCCCCUCUGGUGAGGCGAUGCUGCGGCGGCUGCUGGAGCGGCCGUGCUCGCUGGCGCUGCUGGUCGGCUGCCAGUUCGCCUUCGUCGCCUACUUCUCGCUCGGCGGGUUUCGCAACCUCACGGCGCUUUUCGGCCGCGGGGCCGGGCCCAGCUUCGACUAUUCCCGCACCCGCGACGUCUACGAGAACCUGAGCCGGCUCCUGCCCCCCCGGCCCCCGCCGCCAGACCCCGCCAGACCCCUCCCGUACUGCCCCGAGAGAUCGCCCUUCCUCGUGGGUCCCCUGACGGUGACCUUCGCCCGGGUGCCGUCGCUGGAGCUCAUCCAGGCCAAGAACCCGGGGGUGGGGCCGGGGGGGCGGUACCGGCCCCCCCUGUGCGAGGCCCGGUCCCGCACGGCCGUCAUCGUCCCCCACCGCAACCGGGAGAGCCACCUGGGCCACCUCCUCUACUACCUGCACCCCUUCCUGCAGCGCCAGCAGCUCCACUACGGCAUCUACGUCGUGCACCAGGCCGGGAAUUCCACGUUCAACCGGGCGAAGCUGCUGAACGUGGGGGUGAAGGAGGCCCUGAAGGACGAGGACUGGGAUUGUCUCUUCCUGCACGACGUGGAUUUGAUCCCGGAGAACGACCACAACCUCUACACCUGCGACCCCUGGAACCCCAAACACGUCUCUGUGGCCAUGAACAAAUUCGGCUACAGGUGGGUCACACCCCCCUGGGGGAUUCUGGGGGCUCCCUGGGGGGGUUCAGAAGGGUUUGGGGGGGUCCCCAAUACUUCCAGACCCCCUUUUCCCACCCCCCAGGCCGGGAAUUCCACCUUAACCGCGUGAAGCUGCUGAAUGUGGGGGU